ACAGCCGAGCGAUUUGCACACUUUGUGUUAAUCAGCACUAAAUAUUUGCUAUCGUUCUAGUGUCAAAUAACAGUUGUCACAUUGCACUCGUGGUAGCCUCAUGCUUUUUAAUUUAGUUGUUAAAACAAAAAAUAAGUUUGUUUUAAGCCUGUGAUGUAUUCAGUGUAAAAAAUGACUACAUACGGAAGAUGGACCCUGUAUGAUGGUAGAAUGGAAAGAGUUCAGUGUAUGGCGCGAGCACUGUACGACAACAUAGCGGAGUCGCCGGACGAGUUGGCGUUCCGGCGCGGCGACCUGUUGACUGUGCUGGAGCAGAACACCGGUGGCAGUGAGGGCUGGUGGCUAUGCUCGCUACGAGGCAGACAGGGCAUAUGUCCGGGCAACAGACUGCGCAUAGUGGCGGGCGUGUUCGAGGCGGGUGCGGUGACGCAGCGGCGCCGCACGCGCACUCCUGUCGCCGCAACAAACACCGUGCCCGCACCCGUCGCGCACCAGCCCAUGCCCGCGCACCACUCACCCGCUUUCACUAAAAUCGAAGAGUGUUCUCACUACGACGUGCCGCGUGCGCCUUUGCCAGUAACCCGGGGUACAUACGACUGUCCCCGGCCGCUCGGAGACUGGUACGACGCGCCGCGAGCGCCGCGGCCGGCCAGCGCAGACUCCGCGUGCAGCGGCACCGGUUCUCUCACCUCCGCCACCUCCAGCGCAUCCGCAAACUCCGCCAAUUCCGCAAAUUCUGCGCACUCAGCAAACUCCGCGCAUUCCGCCGCCUCUACCUCGAGCACGUACGACGUGCCCCGGUCACGGGCAUUGCCCCUACCUUGUGAUGCAGCAUUAGAAGCCCUAGAGAGGUUACAGGAAGAGGCGUCUGCGGCGGUGUCGCGGCUGCUCUCGCACGUGUCGCCGGGCUGGCGGCGGCGAGGUGCGCUGCGACCACGCGUACUCGACGUGCGCGUGGCGGGUGCCCGGCUGCGAGCCGCGCUGCACGACCUCGCCGUUUUCGCGGACGCCACGCUAGCCAACGCACACGAUGCACAAGACAAAGGUAUCGCAGUGAAGCUGCGUCCGCUAGUAAAGGCGUUGAAGGACGCGGAACGGAUCACGCACGAGGCGACGAGCGCGCUGGACGCGGGCGACUGGGCGCCGGAGCGGCUGGAGCGCGACCGCGAGCCCACCGACGGCUCGCAGGACGCGCUCGACCAGCUCGUCGCCUGCGCACGCUCGCUCACAGAGGACGUCCGCCGCGCAGCUUCGUUUAUUCACGGCAAUGCUUCCCUACUCUUUAGGCGGUCAUUGGCGCCGGAGCACGAAUGGACGGAGGAAUACGACUACGUGCGGCUGGAGUCGCGCGCGGCCGCCACACGCCGGCACGCGGAGAUCCGCGCCGCGCUGCCCGACAAGCUAAGGGCCUCGUUCGACGCCCUGCUGCGGGACGCCGAUCACGCCGGAGAGGUAAGCGCAGUGGCGGCAGCGACCCUCUUGCCACCGGAUGACCGCCAACUGGCGGCGUUCUACGCGGCGCAGACGGCUACGUACGGCGCGCACCUCGCCACCGCCGUCGAAGCCUUCCUGCGCACCAUCGAAAUGGGCCAACCGCCUGACGUCUUCCUCGCGCACGGCAAGUUCGUCGUACUCAGCGCGCACAGAAUAGUGCACGUCGGGGAUACCGUACACAGGAGCGCUCAACACGCGGGUCUAAAAUCCAAAGCGUUACGAUGCUCAGAUGCGUUAUCUGAUGCGCUAGCGGUGACCGUGGCGAAGACAAAAGCGGCGGCGCAGCAGUUUCCAUGCGCGAGCGCGGUCGCCGAGAUGGCGGAGGCGGCGCGGACGUUGGCCGCGCGAGCGCAGGACUUGCGGCGCACGCUGUGUCAGGCCGCAGAGCCGCCCGCCCUCUCGCCCUCCACACCCGCCACCACAGUGCCCCCCUCCGCGCCCGCCACCCCCCUCACACCGCUAGCCCCCGCCCUACCCGCACUACAUAUAUAACGCGACUGAACUUACACUUUUGAAUCCCUUAUUCUAUUUUGUGAUGAGUUCGAUUUGUGUGAGUUCUACACUACACAUCCCAAGAUACUAAAGUGAAACUAAAGGGUUCUCCAGAGAUACGAGUUUAACCAUGAAGUGAUAGUUGACGUUGCACUAAUCAAUAUUAAAAUGAUUGAUGAGAACACCAAUGUCAGACAUGGACUAUAUUUGUCAAUCGAGAUAUCGUAAAA